CGUCGCAAUUAAUCGUCUCGGAACGCGGCUGCCAGGCCCAUAGAAGGCAAUCUCGCGCGCAGUCGCCCGACGCCUGCCAGCGGCCCUGCUGCGACGGCCUGCCAUGAUUCCGGGCACUCGCCGGCCGUCGUCAGAGGCGCCGUCGCCAGCUCCUUCACCGCGAGGUUGGGGUCCAUCGCCCAGGGCCCCGCAAAUCACGGCCCGAUCGGGCAUGGCCGCUUGUCGAUCUUUACUCCCUGUGCGAGCCACUCCGGCGGUAAUCCCACGUCCACCACGCUAGUCUCCAUCCCAAACAUCUCACACGCUCGCCGUAGUGCUGUACCGUAGACACACCACCUUCAGCCCGCCACCGCUACCUCCGUCACCAUGUUUGCCGCUCGCCGACUGCCGCGCGCCUUGCCCCUUGCUGCUCCUCGCCGCCUGUUCCACGCCUCAUCCCCGGCCUUCGUCCAGAUUGGCGACAAGAUCCCGGAUGUGGAACUGCACGAGGGCUCGCCUGGCAACAAGGUCAAGAUUGCCGAUGAACUCAAGAGCGGGAAGGGCUUGAUAAUUGGCGUACCCGCAGCAUUCUCUCCCGCAUGCAGCGAGUCCCAUAUCCCAGGCUACAUCAACGCAAAGGAGCUCAAGGAUGCCGGUCGUGUCUUCGUCGUCUCGGUCAAUGAUGCGUUUGUUAUGAAGGCGUGGGCGAAAUCCCUCGACCCUACCGGCUCAAGUGGAAUCCGCUUCCUCGCUGACCCCGACCUUCGCUUCACGAAGGCGCUUGAUCUGUCUUUCGACGGCGCCGCCAUCUUCGGUGGUGACCGCUCCAAGAGAUACGCCCUCGUCACCGAGAACGGCGCUGUCAAGGACGCACACGUCGAGAGUGACAACACGGGACUGAAUGUUUCCAAGGCUGAUAACGUCUUCGGAAAGCUCGCAAAGCAGUGAGCUUGUCUCAGCACGACACGCCGACUGGCAAAAAGCCCAAUCUGAGUGCAUUACAUGCACUAUCACUCUCGGAAUGCUCAAAAUACUGCAUGGACAAGCCUAUUACGAAGGUCACGCAGCCAGCUCGCCAGUACGCGACUUGUCGAGGUUGUAGUUGUAGGGAUGUAUGAAUGUAAACAUGUGCAAGAACGACGAUUUAUCUUGUCCAAUCCAUCUUGACAAAGCUUUUGUAUGUCACGACUUUGAUGGUCCAUCUGA